CCAGAAGACCUGAGGUCAUCAAAACACACAUGAAAACUGUGUUUUCACUGCAACUACACGUCAUCACCACAAAUACUUCACUGGCCACACAGUACUGCAGUAUCAUCACAGUAAACAGGCCGUCGAUAGUAUGGUUUUAUCAAGGGUGGACCAGUGGUUGGUCCUCCUGCCUUACAGCAAGAGGAUCAUUGGUUCAAUCCCCGUUCACACUGACAUUCACACCUCUGGUUUGUUUAGAGUGAAUCUACACCUAAUCCUCAAUCUGCCUGUUUUAGGACUGUGGGAGGACACUGCCCACCCCCCCAACCCCCUCUGGCAAUUAGAGCUGGGAAUUGAACCAGUGACCUUUUUGGAUUAAGUGAUGAUGUCAUCGGUGGUCAGACAUCUGCAGCUUUACUGACCUGUUACUGAGCUGCUGGUCCAGGGUCAUCACCGUCUGAGAGAGGGACGUCAGGUGAAAGGACUGGGCUUGUCUGAGGGUUCAAAUCCCAGCCCUUUCAGGUCUUUGGAGCAGGACCGUUAGUCGACCUGUCGACCUCAGAAAUGAAUUCAUCUGACGUCAGCCUGACAUUUAUGAAACGAAGUCUUCGUCAGACCUGACCGUCUGAAGCACAAACCAGGGAAUCAGUAGUUGGUGGAGAUGCUACAGCAGGACACAACACAGCUGUCCUCUACUGCCCACCUCUGGCCAAAAUCAAGAACCACAUACAUUGUCACCGCGGCUGCACUCAGGAUCAACAUGAGACGCGAGGAGACACGAGGACCACACGGAGUUGACCCCACGACCUCCUGCCCCACGCCCUGUACAGAACAGGAAGGCCAGCUUCCUGUUUUUCUGUACCAUCAGUUCUAAGGAGCAGUGAGGAGAAAUGAGAGGCAGUUCCAAGGAGGGACACAGCGAACAGCACUGACGCUGGGGCAGAACCAGGCACACCCCAGGUUCAAAGAACACCUGUCUCCACUGUCACACCUCAACAACGAGACAUAAACACACCUGAUAAAGGUGGCUGUCAAUCAUUACGGAAUCUGACGGUUGUUGUUGAAUACAGGGCACAGUCAGUGAACGUCUGUGUCACACAUACCAGUCACUUAGUAUCACAAUGUCACUGAUCAGGUCCCCAUUGGAAAGAAGAUGGGAGUGUGAAUGGUGGUGUGAAUGGGAGUUUGAGUCUUUAUAUAAGUAAUCUGUGGUGGAUCAUCAUAACGAGGUCACCUGGUUAACGAGGCUGACACUUGACCUUUUAUCAUAUUAAUGUUUAACUGGAGCACAGAUGAAGAGUCUCUGAGGUCACGUCAGUGACCGCUGCUGUAAACAUUGUGCAACUUGUCAACGCUGUAACACAGUGAAGACUGACAUCUAGUGGCAGGUAGGGCACAUUACAGAGCACCAAGAAGAGUUCAGUCUUCAGUCGUAAGGUAUGGCUAGUUGUACUUUUCUACACAAAAUAUUUAAAAUAUGAAUAUGAUGAUGUGUUCUUUUUAAAGACCACUCAUAUGUAGCGGAAAUGGCUUUAGUUUCUAUAUUAAAUGUACGUAAAAGAUAAGUUUUAAAUUAAGUAAUUCAAUUGUUUUGAGUUUUCAGUUGUGUUCUAUUACAAUAGCAUUCUGUGUUUUGUGAGAUUCGUAUUUUAUAUUUUUAUUUUGAAAGAAAAACUUGUCAUUGACGUCAUGAAUUACCUAUAAUCGAGUCAAUAAAACGUUAAUUGCUAAAGUAAAAAUAUUCGUCAACAAAAUAAAUGCCGAGCUUCUACGUUUCAACGUUUCUUUAACGUCUAUCUCAAUGUAGACGAUGAGAAUACAUUACGAAUCUCUGCUUUAAGUAGUUCACCGUAGUUUACAGUAAAUAAGAAAAAACGAAUAGCCUUGUACUGAUUGGUCAGCAGAGGGCAGUGUGUCACCAGUAUAUUCCACAAACCCUGAUUUACACUGUUAAAAUCAGUCAGUUAUUAAAUAUAAGUGGACGGACAAACAACACAUGGAUAAAAAAAAAUCAGACGUUUUCAUUCUUUUUACCGUAAUGAAUGUUAAUUGACUCAUAACGGGAUUAUACCAGGGUUACACAGUAGAGCAGGAAACGAAGGGCAGACACUUUCACAGUAAAAGUCUGGGCGUCAAGUAACUAAUGGAUCUUGUUUAAUUAUAUGUAGUAAAUCACACUUUUAUUUUGAAAGGGAAUGCUUCGGCGUGUUUCCGGGGAGUGUGUUGACAGCGCGUGCUGAUUGCACCGUGACACAGGCGGGGAGAGGAGAGGAGAGCAGCGCAGCCAGAAGCUGCUGGAGCUCCAAUGUGUUCCCUCGGUCUGAGCGUCGUUGUGUUGUUGUGACUCCACCUGCACCUGUUUCUCUGAACAGAACACCGCCGUCACUGGCAGCGCCACCCACAGGAGCGUUACCUGCCUCAUAAGAACAGACACAGACAGUGUACAGUAAUCCUCUGUUGUCUUCUUACACGGUUUCAAACCUGCACUUUGGCUGCGUGCACCUCCUCAGAGAUUCUCCGGGAGCAGAGAGGAGCAUCAUCUAUGUUCGCUGGUUAUCACUUGUCCAUUAGCCUCCGGGGUUUCCAGGGAGCCGAGUGCUCCGGGAAGAUCUCUUAUCUUUAUGGGAUUAUUUUCCACUGGAUUUCUGUUAUUUCCGGAGCCGCUUUGUUUCGGAUAAGAAGGAUCGGGCAUCAUGAGUUCCAGCGGCUCGUCCACCACUGUCCGGAGCACUGGACCAAUCCGAUGUCAAAGGUGUGGGGACGUGUGUAAAGGAGAAGUCGUACGAGUCCAAGAAACGCACUUCCACGUCAAGUGUUUCACCUGCACCGUGUGUAACUGUGUUCUAGCCCAUUCUGGCUUCUUCCAGAAGAAAGGCGAGUACAUCUGCACCGCCGACUACCAGCGUCUGUACGGAACGCGCUGCGACCGCUGCGAAAGCUUCAUCACAGGAGAGGUUGUCUCGGCCCUGGGACGGGCGUACCACCCCAAGUGUUUUGUCUGCAGUGUUUGCAGUAAACCCUUCCCGAUUGGAGACAGAGUGACGUUCAGUGGAAAGGACUGCGUCUGUCAGCAGUGUUCACAGAAAAUCGUCAAGUCAAAAGAACCCAUCAAGAUCCACGGACCAAGUAACUGUGCUGGCUGUGGAGCGGACAUCAAACAGGGUCAGUCUCUGCUGGCGCUGGAGAAGCAGUGGCACGUGAGCUGCUUCAGAUGUCGGACCUGCAGCAUGGUCCUCACUGGAGAGUACAUCAGCAAAGACGGCGUGCCGUACUGCGAGGCAGAUUACCACGCCCAGUACGGGGUGAAAUGUGAGACCUGUGGCAGAUACAUCAGUGGACGGGUUCUGGAGGCAGGAGGUAAACACUACCACCCGACUUGUGCUCGGUGUACCCGCUGUAACUUGAUGUUCAGAGAGGGGGAGGAAAUGUACUUGACAGGGUGUGAGGUGUGGCACCCGUUAUGCAAACAGGCGGCGAGAGCAGAGAGAAGACUGAAGCACAGACGCCUGUCAGAAACCUCCAUCUCUCCCCCAGGAUCCUCAGUGGGCUCCCCCAGCAGGGUUAUAUGUGCCAGAGUGGAGAAUGACAUCCUAGGUUAUAAGGACCUAGCUGCCCUGCCAAAGGUCAAGGCCAUAUAUGAGGUGCAGCAGCCGGACCUCAGGUCCUCGUCCUCCUCCUCCUCAUACCAGCCCUACCACAGAUACACCUCUGCUGACAGGCUAGACAGUUACAGCUACAGGGAGUCUCUUGGAACGCUGUCUCCAUAUUCUCAGGACUACGACAGCGUGGAUUUCAAACAGAGGCGGUGCUCCAGUCCAGGUUUUAUAGACUCACCCACGUACAGUCGUCAAAGCAUGUCACCCAUCAUGCCCCGCUCUCCACAGCACUACGUCUACCCCGGCUCUGAGAGUGGCAGGAGCUCACCCUAUUACAGCCAAGAAGGGCGCUGCAGCACCCCCACCACUAACCCACCCCCUAAACAUUUUCAUGUACCAGCCACAGGAGAACCAAACAUCUACAGGAAGCCUCCCAUCUAUAAGAGACCUGCCACCAAGAGUAGAACCAGUGAGGACCUCCUCCGCUCCUCCAGGCUGUCCACCUACUCUCCUGAGCCUUACACCCCCUCAGAGCCCGACUACUACCCCUACACCAGCUCCCCUAAAGCGUACUGGGCCCCAAGGAGACGGUUCUCAACAGGAGGAGACGAGGAGACCUGGAGUCACAGUCUACAGAGGAUCGGGAGUGGCAUUGGGAGGAUGAUCCUGAAGGAGGAGAUGAAAGCCAGAUCUGGUUCCUAUGACAACGACCCCUGGGGCAGUGCGAGGAAUUCUCGUUGUGGGAGCAAGGAGACGCUCACCACCACGGGCUACGGCACGGCCACGUUUAACAACACCGUCAACGGCUCUCCACAGUUCUGCACUGACAGUGACUUUGUGUGUAAGUCUGCGUCACUACCAGGAUACGGACGCAACGGCAUCCAGAGGCCUCAGAGUGCCGACUGCUACCAGUACCAGUAUGACAGUGGCAGUGAGGUCAACUGGGGCAGCAGGGAAUACAAGAUCUACCCCUACGAAGCACUUAUUGUUACCACUAGAGGGCGCAACCGACUGCCAAAAGAUGUGGACAGAGCCAGGCUUGAGCGCCACCUAUCCCCAGAGGAGUUUGUCCAGGUGUUUGGAAUGACGAUGGAGGACUUCGACCGACUGGCUCUGUGGAAGAGAAACGAGCUGAAGAAACACGCUCGGCUGUUUUAGUGACUAUUCAGUGGACGGUUGUUAAAUAAUGCCACGGACAGAGCUGAAGACUUUUAAAUGACUUUUAAGACUUUAAAACUUUUACUCAGUUUCACUGCCAUGGCUGAGAACCUGUUCUAGAACUCCUCAUGUGAUGAGCCAGGAAGGACACAAAACUGUUUGCAGGCUGCUCAUGCAGCCAGUUUGGAGUAUGCAAUAGAGACUGUAGUGUUGUAGUGGUGACUAUGAAGCUGAAGGAUGUGACGACUGUGUCGGUGUGAGACCACAGAGUGAAGCGGGUAUCUGUGACCACAGCUGUGGUCGGUCCACUCACUGAGGAGCGUUGUGUUUUUGCCUUAUUCAUUAUGCUCUUAGUUCUGAUUGCAGCACCAGCAAUCGAAAUGAGUAGAAUGUAGAACAAACAUGUCUUUACUGACACUUUAUUGUUGUGAAGGAUAAAGGAGAGAACGAGGAUGUGAGCCUACAGUUGAAUUUGCCUUGGUUUACACUCAUUAUGUUUACAAUAGCCCUGCUUUUGCUUUUACGUUUGUCCCGUUGAAUACUGUGUACCUUUGGUUUAGACGAACACUGACCGACAGACGUGACCCAGUCUGAGGUGGUUAUGUACGACUCACGUAAAUUUGUGUAAGAAAUGAAAACCAAAGUGAGGAUUCAGACAAGCAGAGUAGCCCAUAACUACAUGUUUAAUAUAAAAGUGAUGUCAGAAUAGUUAGCCGUCAUCAAUAGAUGCAGUUUCACUGUGCAGCCGUGUGGUCACCUACAAGAAUGUGCAAUCCUGUAGAUUUUAUAUUAUGGACAAGUGUUUUAGGCCGAUCUGUUCUGAUUCAUCAAACUCACUGCAAUAAAUUAGUUUUAAAGUAAGAAGUGAAGUCUGUUCACACUAAUCUAAUUAUUGAUGGUUUUUUUAUCAAUACUUUAUUAAUAUCCACUCGAUUUUUUAGGGACAGAGAUUGUAUUGACUCAGUGAAAGGUGUUUAACACAACAACACAGAUCCAGGGUUGAUAAGACUUUACUAACUUUAUAUUAUUUAACGUUUUUGCCAUGAAAAAAAAA